AUAAAACUGGUUUGCUCAGUACGGCGUUUUAGUUAUCACAAUUAGGAGUCAGUAAACUGGUCGAAGAAAAAAAAACAGACUACUCACAAUGUGGAUGUAUUUGGUUGCUGUUAUCGUCAUCCUGGCUUCAGUAUGGCUGUGGCAGAGGAUAGACAAUUUCCGUGUGUUCAAGAAGAUGGGAAUCAACGGUCCUCCGCCAAGCCUCAUAUUCGGAAAUCUCACAGAAAUAAGGUCCCAGCCGGUUUGGAUGGCAUACAGGAAGUGGGAGCAGUUGUAUGGGAAAACAUUUGGGGUCUUCUUCAUUAAUUCUCCCAGUAUAGUGACUUCGGAUCUCGAUUUUCUGCAAGAAGUCUUUGUCAAACAGUUCAGUAAAUUUCACCAUAGAGCAAUCCCUGAGUCCAUAGAUGUAGAAGACGAAGAAACGGACAUGCUUUUUGCUAAAGGAAAACGGUGGAAACGACUGCGGGUAAUCAGCAACCCGACCUUCUCCUCUCUAAAAAUGAAACAGAUGGCGCCACUGGUCCAGGAGUCGGUGAAAAGUCUGAUGGAAGCGAUGGAAAAACGUUGCCAGGAGGGAAAGCCAUUUAAUAUACAUAGUGAAUUCCAAGGCCUCACCAUGGAAGUCAUCGGCUCGUGUGGUUUUGGUCUCGAGCUGAACUCAGUGCGAGAUAAAACGUCACCAUUUCUGGCAGCAUGUCGUAAAGUGUUCUCCGGGUCACUGGUGAGGAUGGGCCCCUUCUUUAUUUCCGGGAUUUUUCCAUCGAUGACAGGCCUAGCCAAGGUGUUGAACAAAUAUCUGAUGAGACAGAGGAGGCAUGACAUAGGCGUUCUGGUCAGCGCUACGAUACAGUCCAGAUUAAAUGAUCCAAAGUCUAGACGCGUGGAUCUCCUACAGCUAAUGUUGGAUGCCAAAACUGACAAUCUGGACUCGACUGUACCCCAGGCGAUGACGGACAGUGACGUAAUAUCAACACAAGAGGAAGGCGAAACGGAUCAGCAGAACGGCAUUUCGUCAUCUAAAAGCAGAUAUACACAAAAGGCGAAACUCACAGAAAAGGAGAUCCGGGCGCAGUGUGCGUUGUUUUUGUUCGCAGGGUAUGAAACCACCAGCACCGCCCUGGCAUACGCCGCCUACCACCUGGCAACAAGUCCAGAGGCACAGAAAACUCUCCAGGCGGAGGUAGACCAAUACUGCACUGAAGAGGGUCCUCCAUCGUAUGAGACCAUAAGUAAGAUGCAGUAUUUGGAUAUGUUCCUCAAGGAAUCGCUACGACUACACCCUAUCGCUCCAGCUGGACCAGGGAGAACAGCCCAGGAAUCCAGCACAGUGAUGGGUGUUCACAUUCCCAAAGGUAUGAGUGUCCGCUGUAACAUAUACAGUAUCCACAUGGAUCCCGAGCACUGGGGACCUCCAGAUCCCAGCCUAUUCUGUCCUGAACGGUUCAUGCCAGAAAGAGUUGCUAAGCGUCACCCUAUGGCCUGGCUUCCAUUUGGGGCAGGCCCCAGAAACUGCAUUGGUAUGAGGUUCGCCCUGAUGGAGGCCAAGAUGACCUUGGCGUGUCUCGUGAAGAAGUUCAGCGUUGAGACCUGUGCUGAGACGCAGAUUCCACUGGUUCACGUAGCUAGGGGCACAGUGCAGCCGGAGAAAGGUGUCACCGUGCGUCUUACAAGGCGGAAUACAGUGACCAAUAAGACCGAAGAAUAAACACAUUUAUUGAACGUAUUCACAAAGUUCCAUCGAAAUUGUCAUGAUUGACAAUGCUGUAUGACUAAUACCUGUCAGCAUAAUUUGCUUAUAUGCUUA